AUGAAAUCGCUAGAUAUUUUUGGCAGCUAAAUUCUUUUUAGAUUUAACAGAGAGUCAGCUCACUAUACUCGUUUUGGAUCAAUUUUCACUAUAGCUAUAGUAUCCAUAGUAGCGCUGCGUCUUAUUUUAAUUAUAUCCUCAGUUGUUUAAAGAACCAAUCCCGUUGUCAUUUACUAAGAGCGAUAAGUUGAUAGCCCAAAGUUAUUUACAAUAAAUUAAAACACUUUCUAAAUGGCAUUUGGUAUGCAAGAUUCUAAUUUUAAUUAAUUUAUCGAUGAACAAGUUUAUAACAUCACCGUCACAAAUAUACAUAAAACUACUAAGGUGGAUCCUACUACUGGUAAGCCUACUGAAAAUUAUAUAACAACUUAAGUACCAAUUACAAGAUGCUCUUUAGAUAAUUUUCCAGAUUAAGAUAAUCUACAUUACUAUUAAUAAAUAGACUAUACUAAUAUGUAUUGUUUUCCUCUAGAUUUCGAUUUAUCAAUAGAAGGAGAUUUCAAUGCUGAGAAUUUCUAAUAUAUUUACAUUAAUAUUUAAAAGUGCUCAUAAAACUGCAAACCCGACGAUUAUAUAUAGAAUAAAUUAGGUUAUUCUUUUUUCUCAAUGUAAUUUUCUGAUAUAAUUGUUGAUCCUACUCAAAAAACAAAUCCUUUUAAACAUUAUUCUAGAGAUACUUUUUUCUCAACUAGCUUAUAAAUGCCCAAAGAAGUCUAUUUCUAAAUGAGAAAUAACUAUGUUUAAAGUGACUAUGGUUGGAUAACUUCAGAUAUAGAGACUGUUAAUUUUCCAUCAUUCAGUUAUACCGAAUAAAAUGUUUAUCCAAGCUCUUUCUAAGAUUUCUUUUUCUAAUUAGUCAUACGCUUUGAAAAACAAAAAGAGAAUCUUUACACUAGGAAGUAUUAAAAUUUAAAUGACAUAAUUUCCCAAAUAGGAGGGUUUACUUAGUCCUUACUCGCUAUAGGUUUUAUAAUAUGCUCAAGGUUAUCUCAGCUUGAUCUAAACAAAGAAAUUAUAAAUGAAGCAUUCAACUAUGAAAAUGUUAACUUUGAAGAAGAUAAAAUAUUAAAAAUGUAUAAUCUAAAUGCUUAAAAUGAAAUGGCUACUGGUGUUUAAUAAAAUAUUAGCCCGCCAAUUAGUUAAGAUGUUUUUUUUGAUAAUAUGUAAUAAAGUUAACUUAAAAAAAAAAUUGAAAACAAUUCACAAAAUCAAAAACAUUAAAUCAAUUAGCUUUUUAAGUAAGAUCAGCCUUGUAUAAAUUAAUCUGAUAAUAAAGGUAAUUUGAUAAAGCCAAUUUCAAUCGACCCUAACCAAUCUUAUAGCAAUAAUAAUAAUAAUAAUAAUAAUAACCAAUCGAUUUCAUUUAAUGGAAAUAAAAAUUAAAGUCAUUAGUAAUCUUCUCUCAAUUAAGCAAUCUAAUGCAAUACAAACUAAAAUUUAGGUACAAAGAGUAGCUCGUAUAGAAAUAAUAUUAAACCUGAAAUUUAGUUGCAUGCGUGUGAAGAAAAAAAAGGUUUAGAAGGCAUGCUAUCAAACAAGCAAUAAAUUUCAGUAAAUCCACAACAGUAAGAUGAAAAUGAAAAAUAAUUUUUAUCCUACUUAAUACAAUACAAAAAUUAAACAGUAAAAAGCAAUAGUCAUUAAGAAUAGUACAAUUUUCAUUUGUCUUCAGACCAUUAUAAAUUGAAAUAGCAGUAAUUAAAAUUAGAAGAAAAAGAGUAAAAGUUAAAAGAAAGCGUUUUUAAAAGAUUAAUGUAAAAAGCUACAAGCAGCAUGACUCUAAAUACAUUAGAGUAUUUGAAGUUCUUUCUGUGGCCAUUUGGUUAAAAGAUUUAACAAAAAAAGAAGGUUAUUGAUUAUAGUAUAGAUUAGCUUUAUUAUCAUUUAGAUGUUCUCUAUGUUAUUAAAAAACUGAUGGAAGUUGAUAAGCUAAAGAACAUACUCCUCAAUCAUGAUUAACUUAAAUUAUUUGAAUACAUCCCCAAGCCUACAAUUAGGUCAAACUAUGGAUUUUGUAAAAAGGCAGAGGACAUACAAUUUGAAAUAGAUGAUCAUUAUUAAGAUAGCAGGACAGAACUUUAAAAGGCUCAGUAAGCUUAUUAAGCAUAUCAGAAUAUAGCAAAUAAAGAAAAUUUAAGUGCUCUGGAUAUUAAAAUAAUACAGCUUUUGGAUUAAAAGCUACUUUCAUUAUUUGGAUCUAGCCAGAAUUAAAGAGAUUAUUUAAUUUAAAAUAGUUAACUAUUACCAUAAAAUAUUGAAGUUUCUUAAUCUUUGGACCCAGCUUCAGCACUUAAAAAUGUGAAAGAUAAAAUAUAGAUCUAAUCUUUUUCUGUAUCCAAUUCGAACUCUGAAGAAGAUAAAAAUGAAAAAAAUUAAGAUAUAUCCCAUACUAAAUUAAAAAAUUAACCAGCUCCAAACACAAAAGAAGAGCAUCAAUAUAUUUUCAGUCCAAAAAGCGAAAACUAGCAGAUGCUUACCAUAGCAAAAGAUAACCUUAUACUAAGUCCCCGAUUAGAUACUGAGAACAGUAUGUAUUCAGAUAUAGCAGGAAAUGAAGCUGAGCUAAAAUAAAUUCAAAUUCAUAAAUUUGAGAAUUCUAACCCAAAGGGCUAAAGCUAAUUAAAUUAAUGA